GCUUUUAGAAGAGUAUUGCUCUCUCCCCGGAAGUGGUCGUUUUAUAGUGUCUGUGCUGUGUACUGAUCAAAUUGGUAGCAUUAGUUGCAAUUAUACUACUUUCUGAAUCAAUAAUGCGGGAGUGUGAGCAUUUGAUAGCAUAGUGGAAUAAAGAGAUAGAAUUGAACCGUGUGCUGUGUUGUGUAACUGUGCCAAUUUCUGUGCGAGAGUUGGAGAGACCCUUGCAAUUUAACUUCGGCACACGUAGAUCACCCCAAUCGCACUUUAAAAGUUCAACAAAUCAUCAAUCAAUCCAUACGAGGCGAAGGAACGUAAAAUAUUUUGCAAAGGGCUCACAUCAUUCCUGUUCUUCGAGUCAUGCCCAUGCCUACCGCCGCCUCUGGAGAAGGAUUAGUAUGAGAAGUCAGCAACAGCCUGGGCAGAAUCUGAUCGGAAAGGAGCAAGGUAGUGAAGGGCGAGUGGAAUUGUACGCAGCCGCCGCCGUCGUGAGUGUUCAUACAACAACAAUAGCAACAAAAGCAACGACUACGGCAAGCGCGCUGUACAGGCGCUUCGCGGUGUCGCGGCAAUUGAUUCGGGCUAAGUCUUCUUAACGAACUCGCAGUGGAAGGAAGGAAUAGCCGAGCGCGGUUUGAACUUGAAUCGGACACCAAGAAGUGAACCUGGGCAUAUCUGGUUAACAAACGGUGCGUGGUGUUCAGUUGGCAGUGCUGUAAUAUUUUUCGAAAUACUUUGAUGUGUUUUAAUCCGGAUAAAGUGCUAGAACCAGUUGUCCAAGAUACUGCUCCAGAGGAGUGGUUCGCAAAGCAGAAAAAAAAUCAACUCACUGGAAAGUUUUAUGCUAUGAAUAAGUGAUAUCAUCGACGCGAUCUAGCUAAUUUACUUAACUCUUGUGUGCCGAGCAAAAGAAGUCAGGCAGUAGUCUUACGACUAGGUUCAGGUUUCAGAGGAACUUGAUCGAAGACUUUGCCCUGCCAUCCAGAAACCAGAAGCAUAUGCAGUGUUGGUAGUUCUGAGCAGCCGAGUGGAGUGAAGUGGAGAAGCCGUUGUUUUACCCGGUACUUCGUACGGGGCAGUGAUUGCAGUCAGUGCGGGGGAAAAGAAGAAUCUCCGGUUCGCUAUAUAAACCGACAAAAAAGAGCGAGAGGCGCUAUCGUUGUGAAUGAAAACAAACAUCCCACAAAGGUUCCACCGAACGCGAGGAUUUGUCCGCAUCGGGUUAUAUCUCUAAAGAGGUGAGAUUCGUUUGCCGUCGGUAGUAGCGCAGGAUGGUUUUUGCUUAAUCUUAAAAUACUUGUUUUAUUUUAUGACGCGAGAGAAUAUAAACAGUCUUUAAAUAUAGUGAGUUUCACCGAUCGCAUAGCAAACAAGUAUUGUUGUACCGCGGAGUGCCCAAGUGCUGAAUGUUACGAGAUAGCCGGCUGUUUUGUCGCAUGUGAAAAGAAAGGCGAUGUUGUUGGUUGUUUUGCGUUUGCUGGUAGUUGUCGAAAGUUUGGCAAUCGAAUAAAGUGAUGAAAUAUUGUUAUCUGAUUCGAUAGUGUAAAAGUCCUGUUUUUGCUUGUGAUCAACCUAAUUGGGACGCCCGGUUGAGUGUGCAGGCGAAGAGUAAAGUCUCAAAUUUAGCCGAGAAAAAAAGCAGUUUUUCAUCACCGUUUCAGUUUUUCGAUAAAUUUUCCAGUAGAAUCAACCUGUAUUGCAUGGUUCUGAAAAAACGCCGAGCUGUUUCAACUGUGCUGUCCUAAAGCACAUGGUGCUCACCAUCGCCUGGAGUCGCGCCGAUCGGCCCCGCUCUGAGGGGCCAUGACGCGUUGGCCCGUUCUAUUACUCUCAGUGCUCUCGGUGGCGUUUGCCAGCGCUCCGAAUACUAAUGGAACGUCCCAACCGUCAGCAGCCGGCUCGACGACGCUACUGCAGUCGUUCCUGCCGGCCCUGUCGAUGUCGGCCCUAUCGUCAUCUGCCGUCAGCGCUCAGGGAAUCACGAUCCAGCAACAGCAACAGCAGCAGCAGCAGCAGCAGCAAUCGUUUCAACUGCCACAGUUGCCGCUGCCUCAAGCGCAACAUUCGUACGCUUCGGGGACGACUUACGUUCCGAAAGUGACUUCAAACUCGCGCCAUCAAAAGUUCAACAACAAUCGCACGCAGCUGGUGGUGGGGUAUCUGACUGCUCUCAAGGGUAACAUGAAGGAUAAGCAAGGUCUUACCAUAUCCGGUGCACUGACGAUCGCGCUGGAAGAGAUCAACGAUGACCCCGAGCUGCUCCCGAAUGUGACGCUGGCGUUACGGUGGUACGACACCCGCGGCGAUACGGUCAUCGCUACCCGCGCCAUUACUGAGAUGAUUUGCGACGGAGUGGGAGCCAUUUUUGGUCCCGAGGGUACCUGCAAGACUGAAGCGAUUGUGUCGCAGAGCCGGGAUAUUCCCAUGAUCUCAUAUAAAUGCUCCGAGCUGCACCGUAAAACACCGAUUCCUACAUUUGCCAGGACGGAGCCGCCAGAUACUCAGGUCACCAAAUCCAUCAUCUCGCUGCUGAUGUACUACGGGUGGAAAAAGUUCUCCAUUAUUCAUGAGGAGAUGUGGAAAAAUGUUGCCAUUUCACUGGAAAACCAAGCGUUGCUAAACAACCUAACCGUCAAUCACGUGGAGGAAGUCAUCGACUACCACAAGUGUUGCGAAAACAAUCUGGACUGUUGUCGUAGUGGAUAUUGGUAUACGAUAAUCCAGAAUACCAUGAAUCGAACCAGGAUUUACGUGUUUCUCGGGACGCCCAAUGCUCUGGUGGACAUGAUGACCCAGAUGGACGCCAUGCAGCUGUUCGCUAAGGGUGAAUAUCUGGUGAUAUUCGUCGACAUGAUGACGUACUCGUUGAAGGAAUCCAAAAAGUACCUCUGGCGGGCGGAUCGGGUAUCGCACUACAAAAAUUGCAACGAGAUGGACCAAUUUCUGCUGCGGGGUCGCAGCCUGCUGGUGGUGGUCGCCUCCGAACCGCAGCCCGAGUUCGAGCAGUUCACCACAAAAGUUCGGUCGUACAACCAGCGGGAGCCGUUUUCCUUCAAAACACCCACACUGUUUUUGCCGUACACGAAGUAUGUUUCCAUUUAUGCUGCCUACCUGUACGACUCGGUGAAACUGUACGCUUGGGCCUUAGACAAACUGCUGAAGGCGGAACAGGCGAACCGUCCGCUAACGAGCGACGUCAUACAGGAGGUGGCCAGCAACGGGACUCGGAUAAUCGAGACCAUCAUCCAGAACAGAACCUAUAGAAGUAUCGCCGGUGCGAUGAUUAGAAUCGAUGAGUUCGGUGAUUCCGAAGGUAACUUUUCGGUGCUGGCACUGAAGAUGGACCCGUAUACCGAGGGAAAUUUCUCCUGCGACUACCAGAUGAAACCGGUGGCACACUUUCAAAUGCGCCAGCUACCGCUGAACAAUGAUUCCAAUCAGAAGCGAAACGAUGAAAUCCCAGAGUUCAAACUGUCAAAGGCUGGCAUCACCAUUGAUUGGGCAGGUUCGGAGCGACCGAUGGAUGAACCAUCGUGCGGUUUCCUCAAUGAGCACUGCAUGAAGGACGAAUCGCACUUCACCUCUAUGGUUAUUGCGUGUGUCCUGGCGCUGGUGUUAUUUUGUGCAGGCGUUAUCACGAUGAGCAUCUACCGCAAGUGGAAAAUAGAAUUAGAAAUCGAGGGACUGCUGUGGAAAAUCGACUCGAGUGAAAUUAAGGGUUACUUCAACACGGAAAUCGUAUCAUCACCAAGCAAGCUCAGCCUGGCCAGCGCCCAAUCAUUCGGGUCUCGCUGCUCCAAUCAGGUUUUCACACCGACCGCCCGCUUCCGGGGUGUGGUGGUGCGCAUUAAGGAACUGAAGUUUUCCCGCCGCAAAGAUAUCUCGCGGGAGAUUAUGAAGGAGAUGCGACUGCUGCGGGAUCUGCGGCACGACAACAUCAACAGCUUCAUCGGGGCCUGUGUGGAACCGAUGCGGAUCUUACUAGUCACUGAUUACUGUGCCAAGGGUAGCCUGUAUGAUAUAAUCGAAAACGAGGAUAUCAAACUAGAUGAUUUAUUUAUUGCAUCGUUGGUGCAUGAUUUAAUUAAGGCAAUGAUAUACAUACAUAGUUCAGCUUUAAACUAUCACGGCAAUCUAAAGUCGUCCAACUGUGUUGUCACAUCCCGCUGGAUGCUGCAAGUCACCGACUUCGGUUUGCACGAUUUGCGGCACUGUGCCGAGAACGAGUCAAUAGGAGAGCACCAGCACUAUAGAAAUUUAUUCUGGAAAUCGCCGGAACUGCUGCGACAGCCUCACAUUUAUGGCAGCCAGAAGGGGGACGUGUAUGCGUUCGCUAUCGUUCUGUUCGAGAUUAUCGGACGGCAUGGCCCUUUCGGCUACAGCGACCUGGAGCCCAUCCGGAUCGUGGAGUUAGUCAAAUCGUGCCCGGAGCCGGGACAGGAGCCAUUUCGGCCGGACAUCGAGAGCGUCAUCGAGAACGAAACCGUGCCGGACUAUGUGAUCAAUUGCGUUAGGGACUGCUGGGACGAGAAUCCGGAGCUGAGACCGGAUUUCCCAACCAUUAGAAAUAGAUUGAAACGUAUGCGAGGAGGCAAAUCCAAAAACAUCAUGGAUCAGAUGAUGGAGAUGAUGGAAAAGUACGCCAACAAUCUCGAGGAAAUCGUGCAGGACCGCACGCGGCUUUUGUGUGAGGAAAAGCGCAAAACCGAGGAUCUUCUGCAUCGAAUGUUGCCUCAGCCGGUGGCGGAAAAGCUGACAAUGGGUUUGGGUGUUGAGCCGGUGUCGUACGAUUCGGUGACUAUUUAUUUUAGCGACAUCGUUGGUUUUACAGCGAUGUCCGCUGAAAGCACUCCGCUGCAGGUGGUUAAUUUCCUCAACGACUUGUACACGGUGUUCGAUCGAAUAAUUAAAGGGUACGAUGUGUACAAAGUUGAGACGAUUGGGGAUGCGUACAUGGUGGUAUCCGGCCUACCCAUUCCCAACGAUAAUCGACACGUUGGAGAAAUAGCUUCGAUGGCCCUGGAAUUGCUGCAGGCCGUCAGAACUCAUCGAAUCUCGCAUCGGCCAAACGAAACGCUUAAGCUACGAAUCGGCAUUCACACGGGGCCAGUGGUAGCCGGUGUGGUGGGACUUACUAUGCCUCGGUACUGUCUAUUCGGUGAUACGGUGAAUACGGCCUCUCGGAUGGAAUCCAACGGCGAAGCACUGAAGAUACAUAUCUCGCCACAGUGCAAGGAGGCACUGGAUCGUCUCGGGGGUUACGUAACGGUCGAGCGGGGAAUGAUCUCAAUGAAAGGGAAGGGUGAGGUGAUGACCUACUGGUUAGAGGCGGCCACCGACAGCGCUAUCCAGAAGAAACCGGUCGAUGUGCGGGAUCUUCCGCCGCCGCUGUUUUGCAGGCCAAGACGGUCGCCCAAGCUAACGUACGAUUCUCGGCAGCCCAGCAUUACCGGGUUUGCUAACUUCAUCGUUGGCAGCCGGCGUCAGUCCAGUGCACACAAAGAUCUCGAAAGCAAUUACAGCCUGCAGGGUUCGAUGUUCGGACCUUCAAUGCGGGACUCACCUCGUAUCACUCAACGGAAGGUAGAGCAAAUUGCUCGGUACAUCAAUGACGACUCCCAAAGUACUUUAGAACAGCGAAAUGCAAUAGAUAAAACCGAAUCUAGUGAUAGUCUAGUAAAAAAAGUCAUCUUUAACAGUAGCAGUAAGAAGAUUAGAAAUAAGUUCCGUUCGAUUACAUCAACGGACGAUUACGGUAAGAUCUGCAGUACUGGUGGUUCGUUCCUGCGGGAGAGCCGCUCGCUGGAUCCGUUCCCGAGUGACGUGCGCAAGCGGUUGGAAAGUAUUAAAUUGGAUAAGAAGCCUCGCAUGGUGCCGAAGAGUUCACAUUCACUGGAAGCCGGUGUGUCGACCAUCAGCAGCGAAGAUAUAUACGGUGACCAAGCGGGAAAAUUGAUCAUUUCGACGGUGCCCGAAGACAGUGGUCCGGUAGAUGUGUACAAGUAUCUGAACAACAACUGCAACGGGUCGAUCGGCAAUAACGAAGAAUCGCACUGCCCGUUGCUGAUGCGCCAAACCUCGCUGGUCACUCCCGGCCAGGAGGACAGUCUGAGCACGCACAAGCGCUGGUACUCGCUGGAGAACGUCGGCGCACCGGACGACGACAACUGCAGCAAGAAGUCGUUGACGCGAAGCUCGAUCAAAUCCUGGCUGGUCGGUAUCAUCCACGGGAACGGAUUCAAGGCGAGUGACUCCAGUUUGCGCAAGGUGGGCGUGCUGCCGGUCGGUGUGGCCGGUGUUACGGGUUUCGGGGAGCUACAGUCAACACCGGAAAAGGAGAGUAUGGUUUGAUGCGGAGCUCGGGUGACUGGUUAGAUGUAGAUAGCUGAGAUGUGUGAGAUGUGUGGUGCGGUACUGUGGUUCGAGCGGCACGGUCUCCAUGUUAGUUAGGAGGUUUUCUGUGCCUUUAGUAUGUGUGUAUGUCUAUAAGUGUUGUAUCAUAGUGACGCGGUUUUAAAUAGUGUAUACUUGACGAGCGGGCGCUGAUCGCUGGUAGUACAGUGGGUUAUAUUCGUUUCGUUUCUAGCAGCAUUGCAGUUUUUACCUGACUGACGAAUCAUUCAGAUUCAUAAACAUUUUCAAUAAGAUAUAUUUUUUCAAAGGUUUUUAAAGUACCGGGAAAUAGUGUGCUCGGCAUAAUAGAUUGUUGAUCGCAGUGGUGUCACUGACACUGACAAAAUUGUAGUUUGACUGUCAUUGUUUUGUAUACAAUCUAGAAUCCUCAAGGGAUAGUCGCCAACAAUCUUCAUAUUACUACAUGUAAAGUAAGCAACUAAGUUCGGUCUCUAAGUUCUUAAUACGUUUCUUAUGAAAAUGCAACUUUGUUGAGAAAAAAUGUAUGAAUGGCAGGUGGAAUGGGGGCAAAUCCCAUUUGGGUGUCUUCAAGUGAGUUUUUACGCGUUUUGAACGUGUGGUGGAGCGUUGUCAUGAUGUAGAAUUACUUUUUCUGCUUUUGCUCGUAUUGUGACCAUUUUUCGUACUAUGCUUGGCUCAACCGGAUCAUUUCGAUUCUGAUGGUGUUGGUGGUGUUCGGUUUCAAUAACUCAUAACAAAUAACAUCGACCUGUUCCCACCAAAUACACAGAAUAAUCUUUGCAACGUGAAUUGAGACGAACGUUGGUUAAGACGAGGAUAUGAUUGGGCUGUUCCUAUGACUUUUUUUUCGUUGAAUUGUUCUGAUGAUUCCACUUUUCACAGAAAAAAGAAACGCUCUACCAGAGAUACUAGAUUUUCCAAAUCUUUUAGAUCUAUGAAAAUUCCGUUGUAAUUUGAAAAAAAUCGAGGAAUUUCGUAGAGUUUGUACUUUGUGUAUUUUAUCUACGGAUUCGUAUUUUCGUAAAAACAGUAGACCUCCAGAGAUUUCCAUAGAUCUGACAUUUCUGUGCUCUCGUCACUUGGCUACAAGUCAUAAGGAAUCCAAGUUUCUUGUUUUUGGUACAUUCCCAACGCGAAUAAUCGCUUGACAAUAGUUUGGUAAAUUCAAUUCAGCGUCCUCGAAGGUUUUUGUACCUUACUUUAAGUGGACGGUCGUCCACAUCUCGGAAAUCGCGGUCUUUGAUGCGACCUAAUGUCAUUUAAUGCGGCAUCACCAUUAAUUUUUGGAGCUCUUGAUGCGCUUCAGCUGCCGUUAGCUUCGAAUGAUAGAAGAAAAUCAACUCAAUCACAACCAAAAGUGUGUGGCUCCAAAACAAAAUCAUUAAUUAGGAGAUUUUUAAACUGUAAUCCGUGAUAACAAUAGAUUGAGGAAUUGGCCGUUCAGUCUUUAAAUAAAGUAGACGAUUUGCUUUUUUUUAUGCUAACGUUUUUGUCUAAGCUCUGGAGAAGACUCCGCCAAAAAUCCACAAGAUAUUGGCAUUUCUAAUUGGUGCAGCCAGAUUGCUCUGGUUCAACUCUUGGAUAGUCCUCGCGUUGUUGAGAUCCGAAACCCAGAGUCGCCAUUAUUUUGUUGUCAAGGAAACUGUAGCCAUUUUGAAGUAGGACUACUUCUUUGAUUUCUAUAUUGGGGUGCACUUUAGAAAAACGAAAAGGGAACAUGUAACGAAAAGUGGUUAUGGUUUGCACGCUUAUAACUCAGUCAUCCGUCAACAGAUUCUAGAGAUAUUGGCAUCAAUCGAUUGGAAAUUUUUCAAAAAAUCCAUUACAACACAGUAGAUUACAUGUUAAACAGACGUUUAAUAAUUGAGAAAAUAUGAGUCGAAUAUUUAAUAUUUCAUUAUUUGCAUUUUUUUGCCUUCCCGCGUCAGUGCUUCCCUAGCACGGAUGACAGAAAUAUAUACGAGAUGAGCUAUGGGUUAAACUUCCUUUCCUUACCUUCUUCGGUCACCGGCUUUCGUCGGCGAAACAUCUGCCAGCAGCAGCUAGCUUGCGACGCACCGGACAGCAAGUUUUCGAGACACAUCGGUGGCAAAUUGGAAAUUUUAAAGGUUGUAUUUCCACCAUUUGUCUGUGGAUCAACCUUACUGAAAACAGUAAUUUUAUUUAUUGCUAGAUUCCCGAGAUAUACCGAGAUAAAGUUAACGGUUCACAGGUGUUGUACAAAAUACAACAGCACAAGUAAACCUUCCGUUACUGCGCAACUAGGGAGUCUAUUAUAUGAAAUUCGUACAAAAAUCACCGGAUUUGGCAUUGGGAGACGAAUUGCUCUACAUUCGUAGUCCUACUUCAAGCCUAGGCCCGUGCCACUAGGCAUGGACCCUUAUACUUUUUAAGAAAGGUUGAAAAUGGAGGUUGAACUUCUUCUACCAGCCGAGAGCCGGUGUGUCGGUGUGUGUGUACCGUAUGAAGAAUUCCUCUUCACUGUACUCGGUCCUGGGCUACUCGUCGCCAUUUCGUUGCUCCUCUCGACACACACACAAAUCAGUUUCAACCUGGUCGAGCCAUUUAGCACGUUGAGCCCUACUAUUCCUGAUGCCGGCGGGGUUCUUGAAUAGAACGGAUUUCACUGCACAGUCGUCCGGCACCUUUGCGAUGUGGCCGGCCCACCGUAGUCUCCCAACUUUCGCCAGGUGUACGAUGGGAAUCUCUAUAAGUAGUGUCUGCAACUUGUGGUUCACACGUCUACACCACUCUCCACUAUCCGUUUGUACUCCACCAGAAAUAGUCCGCGACACCCUUCGUUCAAAUACGGCAAGUGCACGUGUGUCUUUCGCAAGCAAAGUCAAGUCCGUGGAGGACUACCGGUCUGAUUAGCGUUUUGUCUUUUGUGUAUCGUUAACUUUGUGCGGCAGUGUAUGCUCCUUGAUCGUAACGUCUUGUGGAGGGAAAAGUUGGCUCGACUUCCAGCUUGAAUGCGUCGUUGAAUCUUCUUACUCGUAUUAUUGUCGACGGUAACCAGAGAUUCCAAAUAUGCGAACUCAGCAACCACUGCCUGCCACUGCACUGCCUUCAUCGCCAUCAAUAGACACUGUCCGUGGGAGGCAAACGUUGCUUUCUCUGGAGCCUCUUCCUACCAUAUAUUUGGUUUGUUACCCAAUCCGCCUAGCCUCCGUUUUAAGUCUAGCGUAGAUUACCUCCGCUAUCCCAAGUAUUCUAGUUAUGAUGUCGAGGUCGUCUGCGAAGGCUACGGGGUGGUUACUCUUGCUAAUGAUCGUUCCUCUCAUUUUGAUGCCCGCUUGCCGGAUCACAUCUUUAAUAGCUUUAAAAUUGAAUAACAUUUAGAAGCAGUCCAUCUUCUUGCCGCAACCCUUUGCGCGACUCAGAAGGGCUCGAGAGUGUCUCGUUGCACAUCACUCGCUCUAAGUAGCUUUGAUCAGCCGCAUUAGUUUGUUGGGAAACCCAUAUUUGCUCAUCAUGUGCCAUAGCUGUUUGCACGCAAAUAGCACGGAAAUAUGAUGCCCCCAUAAACCCCGCCUGAUACUACCCUACGAAAUCUCUUGCUAUUGGGAAUAGACGACGCUACAAAAUCUGGGAGAGCAGCUUGUAGGCGGCGUUGACCAGCAUAAUGCCGCGGUAAUUACAGCACUCUAGUCGAUCAUCCCCUUUUUGUAGUUGGGACCAUACCUUUCUCCGGUAGUUUCUCCUCCUAAAUCCUUGAAAUUAUCUAGUGAAGGGCUGUUGCUAGCGAUUCUUGGCGAUUUUUAUAGAGUUCUGCCGGGAGUCGGUCCUUUCCGGCGGAUCUGCUUUUGUUGCAAUCGCUGGCGAUUUUAAAGUUUCAAAACAUUUUUUCAAAAGAACAGCAGGAAUGCCAUCGGGCUCGGAACGUCGGGACUGUUUUAAAUCUACUGAAAACUCUUGAAGACUCUUUUGUCCAAAAUUGAGAGGACUUCUGUAGUGCACAUGUUGCUAGGAUAAAAUUGCAGUCGGUGUACGCUUCACUAUGCCCUAGGUAUAUGCUAGACGGAAGUCCGUCCUCUUUACGAUUCGAGUAUACAAAUCUCUCAAAGCUUUUCGGCUUUAAUCUGAGGUUGCUCUCAGUUUUGCCUACCAUAGUCUCUAUAAAUCAUGGAGUCAUGCAACAGCCAUGCGCAACAGUCAUGCGUGGACAAAAGUAGAAAGAUUCUCCAGAUGAUUGAGACCUCACUGAGCUAAUACGUGAUUAUGUAGAUUUUGAUCCCACCGCUGUCACCACAAAGACAUUUCUUUCAACCAAAAAGGAAUUGGUUGUUUGACAGUUUUAAAACUAAUAAUUUUAUUUACAUGCAUUCGCCAAAUCCUGAGGCCCUACGGUUUGCAACCUUGCAUAGAACGCAUGUGAUGGUUUGUUAUCGUAAACAAAAUCUUUUAGUGUCGCUCUUUACUGGAGGCGACCAUGAACGUUCUGCUGACUUGAAACAGAAAUGUAAAACUCUGUCAGUUCUAAUGCACGGACCGCGAAUGAAAGAAUCUGGAAACGGAACCGAAGCAGUUUGAUCAAAUCCAUCAAAUCAAAUGAGGAAGUUCUUAGGAUGAAUACUCGUAUAAUUGCAGCACCCGUGCUGAACAUAUGUGACGGUAUCCAGUUUUUCGGGAAAAGCAUUCUUGGGUGUCAUUGGGGCCUGCUUCCUACAUGUAAAUCUGAGACUAUUGUGAAUGAAAUGCAUCCAAAUUGCAAAAGGUUUCAUUGUUGGAUACUGCGUAUACUCACAGGCAGUGCCAGGUUUGUUGAAUUUGAAAAGGAUAGUCGUAGACACUAGGCCCCAGAGACCAGAGAUACAACUAAGUGGAUUGGACUAGUUUUCGAGAAGUAGUCCAGUGAAGCUAUGAAUCACACUGUUCAUAUGCCUGACUGUAAGGGAACACCUUAUCAACUCAGUCGUGUAGGAUGCGCUUAAAAAUAUUAGAGGCUCGUAGAGGUUCACCAGCGUCGUUCUGCACCGACAAGGGAGUCAACUUUAUUGGAGUAAAGAACUUGCUACUUCACGGGAUGUCUGGAAGGUAAUUCAAAACCAGGUUGACAAAUUCUGGAAACGCUAGAUCCGUGAAUAUAUGUUGAAGCUGACACGACGUACCAAAUGAUCGCCGUGCCGUGGUCGUCGUCAGCACAGAGCCUUGCUCGUGCGGUUUCAAACAGUCGUCUCCAUUCAACUCGAUCUUGGGCCACUCGUCGCCAAUUUUUCAAACGUCUGAAAAGUCGCAAGUCGCGGUCGAUCUGGUCACGUCAUUUCGCACAUUGGACUUCUCUGCUCCUGAUGCCAAUGGAGUUGUUCAGGAGAACCGUUUUUGUGCUUUCAGUCUAAUGAGGGUUUUGUACAUUGUCACCUUCGUUUGGCGGUCUAUGCUUCUUGAUCGUAGCGUUUUGCGAAGGCCAUAGAAAGUCCGAUUUCCAAUAGCCAUAGCUUAUCUCGAUCGACUGUAUCGUAUGCUGCUCUUCAGUUAAUAAAGAUAUGAUGCAUCGGCACGUUGAAUCCCGACAUUUCUGCAAGAUCUGUCGGAUGAUGAAAAUUUAGUCCGUGGUGGCGUGAGCUCCCAUAAUCUCGCCUGAUAAUUCUCUACGCAACCUUUCGUUAUCGGAAUCAACCAUCUUUUUAGUAUGCUAUAUAUGGUAAUAAAAAUAAACUGCAGUGGAUGCAUGAAACUAAUCGUAUUUAACCCCUGUCCCAGGUAAGACAUCGCCGUCUCGUCAGUAUACCACAAGCUAUGGUGUUAUCGUUUAGAGGUAUUUUGGCAUCAUAAAUAUUGGUUAGAAAAAAAAAGCUUAACAUAGCAGCAGCUCCAUCAAAACAAAAAAAAUUCACUGCUGAUACAGCAGCUGCUUUCGAACAAAUAGCUUCCUCGUGUCUUCAAACCGUAUUCUCCUUUGUGUGGCACACUUUGAAGCAAAUCGCCAAAGGCGACACGAUAACUGUUCUAUUAUUAUGCAUAGCUCUAAAAUUCACAACAAAAUCUGUAUGUAAGAUCGCUUAGAAAACAAGUGCCAUCUUAAAACCAUAAACUGCAAAACAGCAAUCAAACAAAGAAUCUACACACACAACGCACUGAUAGGAAAAGGAUAGCAAAACCGAUACUUCUGCUUACAGACAGUCUACAAAAACGAUUGAUUUCACGAUGAUUUCUAUUUGUUGUAGGUUGAAUUUUGUUUUAUCAAUGUGGAAAACACUACACAACAAAAAUAUAAACUGUUAUCAGGAUAUGCUAUUCGUUCACAACAAGUUUUAAGUAGUUUUUAAUGAAUUAUAGGCUGUGAAAUAGGAUAUAUACAUAUAAUUCUAAUAAUGGUAGGUUUUGUGACAUCACGUCCCAGCGUGGUUUGACAAGGUCAAUAACGGGUUUUCGGAGCGAAUAUUUUUUCGAUUUUACUAAAAGCGAAACGUUUCUUCUCGAAUCACUCGCGAGUGGGCCGUGGUAGCAUGAAAAAACUUACAAAAUAAAAAUAAAAAAAAAACAAGUUUUAAAUAGUGGACUCUAAGUCACCAGGUUAUGCAAUUCUACGAGAUUCAAAUCAAAAAAACAGUCAUGAAACUCUUGGAAUGAGGAUUGGUUUAAUUUUGAAGAAGUGAAUGAUUUCUACAUUCAACACGUUUUAUGCGACGAACCAAAUGGGUUUGAUAUAAAUAGGUAUUUGGAAGAAACAAAAUAAUUAAAUAAUCCCUCUGUGUACGUUUCUAGAAGAUCCAAAUCGAUCGGUGAAAGAUUGGCCAUCAAAAAAUGAGUAUUGUUUUAUCAUGCGAAGAGACACUGUGAUUGUAAUUCAAAUCGUUAGGUAAGAAAAAUGCUUACUGGAGGAGAAGCUCGAAAAAUAGGUUUGCAACCACUGUUUAUAGUUACCAACGUUGGUUAGAGAAGCACGACUCGAGAUAAGCUGUUUACAAGUUGCCCGCAUCUGACAGGCUUAAUUCAGUUCGAAGAGGGAACUCAGCAGGCUACAAAACGGUCGCUCCGGAAGUGGCAAAUUUAUUACAAACAUUGAAACGAUGCGCAUAUCAAUCCUGGGUAAAUCAGUCUAUAUUUGAUGGUCAAAAAUUAGAAAUAAAAAAAAAAACAAACAAAAAAAAAAAAGAAUUGAUAAAUCUCCACUUAUUUGCAUAAACUUUUGGAAACUUGUAUUAGAAUUCAGAAUUAUGUGCAAACAAAACAAAUGGUUUGAAAGAAGCUGGUUUUUCAAAUAUGUACAUUGAAUUAAGUAGCAAAAGCGUUGUAAAGAAUGUAUAUUUAUUACCUGAAGCAGAAUAAAGAA